AUGCCCCAUAAGCUUUGGUGCUCCCUGGCCAUAGGAAAACAGAAUGUGAGCAGCAAUGCCCUGGUGCCAACCUGGAUCCCCUACUAUGCCACAAUGGCUGCUGAGGCACAACUGAGCUUCUCACUGAGGCUGAUGGAUGAUGCAUGGCAGAAUGAGAGGGCCUCCAAUGUGUACUUCCUGGGAAAUGUCCUGAACAUUGAAGCCUCUGUCCUUGUGGGCAACAGUCAGCCCCUGCGUGUCUUUGUGGACAGCUGUGUGGCCACCUUGGUCCCUGAUGUGUCCUCUGUCCCUAGCUAUGCCUUUGUGCAGAACUCUGGGUGCCUGACUGAUGCCAAGGUGACAGGAUCCUGCUCCCAGUUCCUGCCCAGAGAGCAGGAUGACAAGCUGCAGCUUCAAGAUGGCAGGAGCUCAAUGUUCAUUACUUGCAGCCUGAGAGCAACAGUGGCUUCUGUGCCUGUGGAUUCCCAACACAAGGCUUGUUCCUUCUCUCUUGCUGCUAACAGGUGGAUGUCUGUGGAUGGGAAUGACCAGGUGUGUGGCUGCUGUGACACCAGCUGUGGACCUGCAGGUGUAGCAGGUGCUCAAGGCACAGGUGUUCUGGGUCCCAUUGCUAUCCAACAGGGUCCUCCCAUGGGUAGUCAGCCUGGACAGCUGUACAGUAUAUGCUGA